UUAAACCCUAAUGUACCUCUUCUUCCGUAUCACCCGCCAAAAUUCACCCACCGCCACGCUCCUCACGCGCCACCUAUCCUCCUCCACCGCCACCGCCGCCUCCAAACUGCACGACCGUUACACUUUCAAACCACCAUCUUCCCUCUCCACCGAACCCCAAAACCCCAAUGACACACCCACCAAACCCAACAAAAAAAAAUCGAAGCCCAAGUACCGGCCACCUUCCUCGCUGGACCGGACCGGCCGGAAACCGGUCCGUUCCGAGUUGCCGUUCGAUUUCCGGUUCAGCUACACGGAGAGCAGCCAGACGGUGAGGCCGAUCGGGCUGAGAGAACCCAAGUACUCGCCGUUUGGACCGGGGCGGCUGGACCGGCCAUGGACCGGGGUUUGUGCUCCGGCGGUGGACCCGAAGGUGAAGUGUUUGGAGGGAGAGGAAGACCCGAAGUUGGAGGAGAAGAGGAAGAAGAAGAAGGUGUGGAUUCAAGGGGAACCUCUUACUAAUGCUGAGAGAAAAGCACUGGUUUUGCAGUGUGAGAGGCGCAAAUCUAAGAGGCAAAUCAAUUUGGGGAGGGAUGGUUUAACUCACAAUAUGCUGAAUGAAAUUCAUAAUCAUUGGAAAUUUUCUGAAGCGGUUAGGAUCAAAUGCAUGGGUGUUCCUACUGUUGACAUGAAAAAUGUUUCCACCCAACUUGAGGUUCUCAUGUUCUUGUUGCAGGACAAAACAUUUGGAAAGGUCAUUUUUAGACACGGGGGUACACUUGUAUUAUUCAGAGGCAGGAAUUAUAAUCCAAAAAACAGGCCUAUAAUUCCUGUCAUGUUGUGGAAACCCCAUGAACCUGUAUAUCCCAGACUGAUUAAGACAACAAUUGAUGGCUUAAGUAUUGAGGAAACAAAAGAAUUGAGGAAGAGAGGACUAGCUGUUCCUGCUUUAACAAAACUUGCAAAAAAUGGCUACUAUGCUUAUUUGGUACCCAUGGUCAGAGAUGCUUUUCUCUCCUGUGAAUUGGUUCGGAUAGACUGCCAGGGUCUUGAGAGGAGUGAUUACAAGAAAAUCGGCUGCAAACUUAGGGACCUGGUCCCUUGUAUUCUGGUGACAUUUGACAAAGAACAGAUUGUAGUUUGGAGGGGGAAGGAUUAUAAGCCCUCGAAGGAUGGAUACUUUGUUAAAGACCGAGAAACAUUUGAUGAUGGUGGUGACUUUUAUGCAGGCGAAGAGGAACAAGCUGAGCUUUAUGACAGCAGCUAAUGAAACUAAUACUGCAGUCAGCUUACUUUGUGCAAAUUGCUGCCAUGAAUCUGAAGUUCCUUUAAGAUUGGAAUGUUGUGUUCUGUGUAAAUGGAAUCGAAGAGAGAGGAACAUUUGAGAUAAUGUACUGCCUAGGUUGAUGCUGCAAUUUGGAUAUAAGAAGAUAUCUCCAAACUGUUCUUUUCCCAUGACUCAUUUUGGACUUAAGAGUUGUUAGAACUUAGAAGCAAUCUGAAAGAUGUGGAAUGAGUAUUUAAUUAUAUACUGGUUAUUCACAGUGCAGAGCUGAAGAUAUUUUAUGGUGGGAUUUCAAUUCUGUAUGAUCUGCAAAUGGUGCACACAGAUUUUCUAUUUGGAAUCAGAUUGAAAUUGUUUAUCAAGAGUUUUCGUCCAUUGUCUUGUCACAAAUUCACAAUAGCCAAUUCAGAAUCAAUUUAUGUUUCACUGGCAUAGCUAAGCUUGGAAGAGUUUUGAGUGAAAGGUUAGAUGGGCUUUGGUUUUUCAUAAAGGGACAAAUCUCAAUGCACAAGGUUUCCCGAUUGUAUGUAACUUUACCCUUAUGAUUUUUUUGUCAAGAAAUUAUUUCUGAAACUCGAACCCAGAGACUUACCUAGACUACACUCAAAUACAUGACAAUUUUUUGCACUUUGUUAUUUCAUACUGGGAAAAUCCUAGGCUGGAUUUGAAUGGUUUGCAGAUCAGAGUCUCAUAGUACCAGGGUAAACUUGCUCUUAAGUUCAGUACUCAAGUUUGAUAC